GGCGCUGGUGUAAGUUUGAAGUUUAGCGCCACGAAGAGAAGCAGGCAGACAGACAGAGAGACAGACAGGCAGAGAAACAGACAGACACGGACAGGCAGGCAGUCUGAAGGAGCACCGAUUCACAGACCGUCUGUCCCGGGACGCGCCCGCAGCGGUAGGACCGGCAGAGAGGAGCACUUAUCCCGGAUCAGUGCAGGAUGUAUGAGGACCUGGGUGAAGACUUCCAUCUGGAGUCUCAGGUAUCUCCAGGGGGCGGAAGCUGUGAGAGGGGGCGUGUCCCUGAGACUGAGGGGGUGGAGUCCAGCCUGAGUGUGGGUCAGUUCGUGCUCUGUCGGUGGUCGGAUGGAUUGUAUUACCUGGGCAAGAUCCAGCGGGUGAGCCACCCCAGGCAGAGCUGCUUCGUCACGUUUGAGGACAACUCCAAGUUCUGGGUCCUAUGGAAGGACAUCCAGCACGCUGGAGUGCCGGGGGAGGAGCCUCGCUGCUCUGUGUGCCGGGAGGUGGAGCCAAACUCUGACAGCAAAUCAAACCAGAUCCUUAUCUGUGGGAAAUGUGGAAUUGGUUUCCACCAGCAGUGUCACAUUCCUCCAGUGGAGGGCGGUGGCGGCCUCACUCCCUGGUUCUGCAGACGCUGCGUCUUCGCUCUGGCUGUCCGGAAGGGCGGGGCUCUGAGGAAAGGGGUGAUAGCCAAAGCUCUGAGUGCAAUGAAGCAGGUGCUGCCAUACGACCUGGACAUUCUGGACUGGGACUCGCAGCAUCGGACCAAUCAGCAGCAGUGUUACUGUUACUGUGGCGGCCCUGGAGAGUGGUACCUGAAGAUGCUGCAGUGCUUCAAGUGUCAGCAGUGGUUCCACGAGGCGUGCACGCAGUGCCUGCAGGAAGCAAUGAUGUUUGGAGACAGAUUCUACCUAUUCGUGUGUGCAGUGUGUAAUAAGGGCUCGGAGUACGUGCGGCGUCUGCCCCUCAGGUGGGUGGACCUGGUCCACCUGGUCCUCUACAACCUGUCCGUCUGUAGCAAGAAGAAGUACUUUGAGCUGGACGAGAUCCUCACUUUUGUCUCUGCCCAGUGGGACCACCUGCAGCUCGGGAAGCUAUCCAACACUUCCGUAGCAGAGAGAGGUCAGCACCUGCUUGACGCACUCAACAAGUACAAGAGCAAGUUUCUGUGCGGAAAGGAGAUCAAAAAGAGGAAAUGCAUCUUCCGUCUGAGGACCCGAGUCCCUCCUAACCCCCCCUCCAAGCUGUUUCCUGAGCGUGCUCAGAAUGAUGGGUGCGGGGCAAGGAAGAAGACACCGAGCAGUGGUUUGGCUGAGAGGAGGAAGAGGAAGUCCAAGUGGCUUCUGGAGGACGCCAUUCCUAAUAAUGAGCUGACCUGUAGCUGGACCGCCAACCACCACAUGGCAAACAUCUUUGACUUCACGCUGGACGAACUGCAGAGCCUCAAGAGCAGCUCCAGCAGAGCGGUCAGCAUCGAUCAGGACUCCACUGAUGCCUCCACCUCUGGCUCCGCUUCAUCCUACCACUUCAGGAGGAGGAUGGGCAGCAGGAAGAGGAAGUUACCGAGCAACAGCUACAGUCAGUGGGCCAGCCGCAGUGAGGCAGGGGAGGAGCUUGGAGGGGAAGAGCCUUCAGGCAUUAUUGAGGACCAGGAAGUGACAAAUCACACCCACCUGGCCACAGACUCCUCCCACUUCCUGUCAGACCACUCACAGCUCCGGUCUGACUCCACCCACCUCCACUCCUCCAUCUCGUCGUACUUUGGUGUGGCGGGCAGGCUGACCAAUGGCGAGCGCUACCAAGUGUUGGCUCGCCGUGUCACCCCCCAGGGGACAGUCCAGUACCUGCUGGAGUGGGAAGGGACAACUCCUUAUUAGGACGUUAAUAUGGUUCAGAUAGCACGAGAAGCUUUGAUUCCUUUUCCUCUACACUCGCUGCUGGUCAGCUGCUUAUUGGUCAAGAUGUCUGAACUGACACGUUCUACAAUCAGAGUCCCGUGUGGCACCGAUGUCUCUGAGGCUGCCAUUCUUAGGGGCUCGACACACGGGGAGCGACGUCGCUCGCUCUCCAUUCAUUUCCUAUGGAGCUUGUGCGAUGAGGCGACAAUCACUUGCCCUCCUCCAGC